AUGUGCCCAAAUCAACAAACUACCGAGGAGCAGAAGCCUGAACUCUUUGCCACUCCCUCCUUCACUACUCACACAAUGAACCGUUUUGAUCCCAAUGAUGAAAAUCUCGAUGGCAUCUUGGCCAACAACAAGAAGUGGGCUGCUCAAGUCAUGAAGGAGGAUCCUGAGUUCCUCCACAACAUUGCCCAGAAGCAAUCUCCCAAAAUCUUGUGGAUCGGCUGCUCUGAUUCCAGAGUGCCUGCUAAUGUGGUCCUUGCCUUGCCUCCUGGUGAAGUCUUUGUCCAUAGAAACAUUGCCAAUGUUGUAAGUCAUUCUGAUCUCAACUGUCUUUCGGUUUUGCAAUAUGCAGUCGAAGUACUCAAGGUGGAGCACAUCAUUGUCUGUGGUCAUUACAACUGUGGUGGUGUAACUGCCGCCAAAGGCCAUGAACAAUUUGGUUUGAUCGAUAAUUGGUUGAGAAACAUCAAGGAUGUCUACAGACUUCAUCAAACUGAGUUGGAAAGCCACAAGGACGAUACUGCCCGUCUCCGUAGAUUAAUUGAAUUGAACGCCAUCAACUCUGCUGAAAAUGUGUGCCAUUCUACCAUUGUUCAAAAUGCCUGGGCCAACGGUCAAAAGCUGACUGUCCAUGCUUGGGCUUUCGACAUUGAAGAUGGUAUUGCAAAGAGAUUGGAAUGGACUGCUUCUAAUGGUAAAAAGCUUCAAUCCAUUUAUGUAACCAAGAAAGAUUAG